CUGUUAUGUAUACAAGUUAACUUGCAGUGGUUUGAAUGUCCAUGCGAUGCAAUUUGUUGGAGUUUUACUGCAGUAACUCUGCGUGCUUGUGUGAACUGCUUUGUUUUCUUCGAGAAAAGGGGCGGGGCUCUGCCUGUCAGGUAAAUUCCAGGGCAAACCUGCUCCCACACACUCACUAUGAACCCUGGGUAAAAUAUGUCUGCGCCCUGUCUCCUUGCGCCUGGGUAAUACUUUUUAAUCAAUUAGUCAUUGAAAGCGUUGUCGGUGUAAACAGACUUUAAGAAACAACUUCAACAAUGUCAGAAAACUCAACGAGGCCGAGUGUCUCUGGAGGGCCGCUCAGCCGGGAGGCGAUCCGCGAGCUGCUGAUGCGGAACUUCGACAGGCUGCCUGACAUUGAGCAGAAGCUCUUCGCCUACGGACCGGCGUAUCUCGGGGGAAAUGCCGCCCUGGCGGGGCUGAUCUCCAACAGCUUGUUCCGCAGAGCUCUGAACGUCAGCCAGGCGCGCUUCUCCUCCGGCCUGCCGAUGGCGACGCUGCCCUUCCUCACGACGUACGCCCUGUACAACGCCGCGGUGUCCCAGCCGCUGCUCUCCGGGGAUCUGAACUGCCCCACCUGCUGCCUGCUCCGGGGCGCGCUGGUCGGGAUCGUCGGAGGCUGGGUGUACCCCAUCCUCCUGGCCUUACCCCUCAACACUGGCCUGGCGUCCAGGUACUCCACGGCGCCGCUGCCGGAGAAAGGCGCGCUGCUGCGCUUCUCCGUGGACCUGUCCAGACCCAUCCUGAGGAGGAUGAGGGCCGUGCUGCUGCUGCAGGCCUUCUUUGGCACCUACCUGUCCUCCAGGCACUUCGACAUCUACAGCAACCUGGCUGGGAUGACGUUUGGCCGAAAGGAAGAGGAGCUGUCUGAGUGAACUGCGUUGAACAGAAAUACCUUUUUUUUAUUCACACCGAAUACUGUAAAUUAUGUCUCGAGUUGUUUCCACAGAAAUAAAAUACAUGUGAACUUC